CACAAAAUUUAGUAAGAAUAUCUAAAAAAAAAUGUCUUUCACUUUGCAAAUUGUUCUCUUUUCUUCUCUUCCUUUGUUUCUUAUCUGUCUUACAUGGAAAUUAUAUUUUUCUUCUUCAAAAUCUCAUAAAAACCUACCGCCAUCUCCACCAAAGUUACCACUCAUAGGAAACCUUCACCAAUUAGGCUCAAGCCCUCAUCGUGCCCUUCAAUCCAUGGCUCAGACCUAUGGCUCACUCAUGUUGCUUCAUUUCGGAACUGUUCCAGUUAUUGUAGCUUCUUCUGUUGAUGCAGCCAGAGAGAUUAUGAAAACCCAUGAUAUAAUAUUUUCAAACAGGCCGUUUUCAAACAUCGCCAGUAGAAUUUUUUAUGGCUCUAAAGAUAUAGCUUUUGCACCAUACGGAGAGUAUUGGAGGCAGGUGAAAAGCAUUUCUAUACUCCAUCUUUUUAGCAACAAGAGGGUUGAGUCAUUUCGACAAGUGAGAGAGGACGAGGUAGCUCGUAUGAUCGAAAAAAUUCAAAAAGCCAAUAAUUCUGUUGUUGAUUUAAGCGAGUUACUUGUUUCACUUACAAAUAACGUCGUCUCCAGGGUCGCUUUGGGGAGGACAUAUGAAGGGAUGGAGGUUAAGAACAUGCUAGACCGGAUGGUGCAAUUAAUGGCAGGAUUUUCUAUGGGAAAUUAUAUUCCGUCGCUAGAGUGGGUGGAUCGAUUGAGUGGAUUACAUCGAAAAGCUGAUGACCUUGCUAAAGAAAUUGAUGAGUUUUGUGAGGGUGUUGUCGAAGCGCAUUUAAAUAAGAAGGAUUUUGGUGUCGAAGGACAAGAUCUUGUUGAUGUCUUAUUAGAAAUUCAAAGAGACAACUCGACGGGUUUUCGUCUUGAAAGACAUAUGAUCAAGGCUAUUAUCUUGGACAUAUUUAGUGGUGGCACUGAUACCACAUCCACCACCCUACAAUGGGCAAUUACCGAGCUAUUAAGAAACCCACGUGCAAUGAAAGAAUUGCAACAAGAGGCACGCGAAAUAGGACAAGGAAGAUCACUGAUACCCGAAGAAGAUUUAGAUAAAAUGCCCUACCUAAAGGCGGUCAUCAAAGAAGCCUUCCGUCUACACAUUCCAGCCCCACUACUUGUUCCUCGUGAAUCAACAAAAGAUGUUAAGCUACUCGGAUAUGACAUCGCAUCAGGUACACAAGUGGUGGUUAACGCAUGGGCAAUAGCAAGAGAUCCUUCGGUAUGGGAAGAACCUGAGGAGUUUAGACCAGAAAGAUUCUUGAACAACCCUAUUGAUUAUAAAGGUUUUCAUUUCGAGUUGAUACCCUUUGGUGCUGGACGAAGAGGGUGCCCUGGUAUUAAUUUUGCAACGGUUAUUAAUGAACUUGCUUUGGCAAAUUUAGUGUAUAAAUUUGAUUUUGCGUUGUCGGGUGAAAAGGCUUUCGACAUGACCGAGAGCUAUGGUAUUACCGUUCAUAGGAAGUAUCCUAUACUUGUUACAGCAACUUCUUAUAAGUAAUAUAUAGUUGCAAGGGUUUGUUAAGAAAAGUUAUCCAGUUUUAUUUGUAAUAAAUCAUAAUAUUUAUGUUAAAAAGUAGAAAUAAAAGUGUG